AUGGUUCGUGAAUUGACCCCGGAGCUGGCUGCGAUAGCAAAAAAAGAUUUAAAUGAGAAUCCAAAGCAGCUUGAAAAUGAUUUAACAAAUUUAAAAGAAUGGAUAUCAAAACAACCUCAUUUAAAAGCGAGAACUGAUGACCAAUGGCUGGCUGCUUUGCUGAGAGGUUGUAAGUUCAGUUUAGAACGUGCCAAGAGUAAAUUGGACUUAUUUUACACUUUGCGUUCCACCGCUCCCGAUGUCACUUUAAGAUUGAAGCCAACGGAACCAGCAUUUAUAGAAUUUCUCAGACUUGGAACAUGUCUAAUACUACCUCAAUCUAAAAAUCUGCAUCCGACUGUUAUAAUGAUAAGGCCGGGUGCGUUUGAUCCAGAAAAAUAUAAUGGUGCUGAUAUAAUGUGUAUUUUAUACUACUUAGUACAGAUAUUAGUCAUGGAAAACGACGUGGCCGCUGUGAUGGGUACCAUGAUAUUGGUUGACUAUCAAAAUGUUACAAUGUCUCAUUUAACACAAGCAAAUCCUAGCCUCUUGAAGAAAUUGGUAGCCGUCAGCCAGGACUCGUUGCCGCUGCGUCUCAAAGGUAGCCAUCAUGUCAAUGUCCCUCCUGGUAUAGAAAUUAUUUUUAAACUUGUAUCUGGUUUCUUGGGAGAAAAGGCCAAACAGAGACUGCGAAUUUAUAAAUGCUAUGAGGAGUUGCUUGAAAUUUUACCAAAGGACACAGUUCCAGUUGAAUAUGGAGGAAGUGGCAGCUCAGUAAAAGAAGUUAUUGAAUAUUGGGAGAAUAAGAUCAUAGAAUACAGGCCGUGGUUGGAGGAAGAAAUGAAGUACGGCACAGACGAGAGCAAAAGAGUGAAUAAAGAUAACUAUGACGUCAGUAAUCAGGGUUCAUUCAGAGCGUUAGAUAUAGAUUAA